UGGGCUGAGUGGCAAAAUGUUAGUUCUUUAAGUGUUUUUUCUUAUGUAGAAAUUAUGAUUACCUAUGCCAUGACAGUCGCGGCGGUGCCGCACCGCUGACUCUACAGACAACUUUCCUUCUCUAUCCUUCGAGGACAUCGACAACCGGUGUUGGGUAGCGUCUGUCUUCUGAUUGGUUUGUUCUCCCCAAGUUUUAUUUUCUUAUUUUAUUUCACCUUGAAGCUCACUGACUACUGUUCUUUCGCCGUCGCGUUAUAAACACGUGCGCUAAACAUUUCCUCUUUGACGAUGCCGGAGUGCACACGCUGAGCGUAUCCAGCGUGCACUGACGUUGUGAAACGCUGCUAUGAGUGGAUACCUCGGCGACUUGAAUGAGAAGCAGGAGCAGGCUUUAAAGGAGCUCAAGUCCCCCCUUUGCGACAUCUGGAAGGAUGACUUCACGGAUGCAUUCCUUCUUCGAUGGCUCAGGGCUCGAGAGUUCGAUGUCGUCAAGGCGGAAAAACUUCUCAGGGAGAACUUGAUUUGGCGACAUGAGAACGGCAUUGACACCCUGGUAACGACGUACCAAUGUCCAGAUGUGCUGAAGCGUUACUUCCCUGGCGGAAUAUUCAACCACGACAACGAAGGUCGGCCUCUCUGGAUCCUGCCUACUGGCAAUGCAGAUUUUAAAGGAAUGUUGCAGUGCGUGCCCGUGGAAGUGAUGGUGAGGCACGUAAUAUACCAGAUUGAACUAAACGUGGAGGAGAUGAAAAAGCAAACAGAAAAGUUAGGAAAACCCGUGGAUACCUUCACCGUUGUUUCCGACUACGAGAAUUUCAGUCUCAAGCAGGUCUAUUGCUUUCAAGCUCCUAGCUUCUUUCCCGUGUUCUGGAGGCUUAUCCGGCCCUUUUUCACGGAGAGAACAACAAAGAAGAUAGAGAUUUUUACACGUGAAGGCUGGCAGCCCGUACUCCUCAAGUACGUGAAUCCUUCGCAGCUACCGGUGCACUGGGGAGGACACCUUAUGGGACCAAACGGAGAUAAGAAGUGCAGCGAUGUGAUUACACCCGGAGGCGAGGUGCCCAUUCAGCUCUACCUGAAGAACUGUCCGAAAGUAUCGGCGGAUCCUGACGCCAUCUUCUGUUGUUUGGCACGGGGACAAAAACUCGAGAUUCCAGUGAACGUGGAAGGUGCCGGCUCCACUUUGAGUUGGAAGUUUCAGGUGGCCCAGGGUCACGACGUGGGCUUCGGUGUGGUGCACAAGCCCAAGGGAAUCGCAAAGACCAAGGAGGUUCUGCAGGUCUCCAGGGCAAAAUGCGACCAGGUUCCGCAAUCCGGACAGCUCAUCUCGGAGCCCGGAACAUAUAUAUUUACAUUCGACAACAGCUACAGCUGGUUCACCAAGAAGCAGCUAUUCUACGUCUUAGAAGUCAAGAACUCCGAAGGAAUCUUGGGCUCCACCCUCCGAUGAUUCUGUUGCGGCCAGUUUAGAUUGACAAUAAACGUAUAUAAAACUGGCACCAAA